AUGUCUGCCACUGCUACUAUGAAGAGACCUCACGACCAUAUAGAGGGCGAGGGACAGCAAAGUGCUGAUAAGAAACAGAAGACUAAGGAAGGAGAUGCCCUGGAGUUCACAGUGUUACAAAAAUAUCGACAACUAGAAGACGAUUUGAUCAAAGAUCGAGCACAGACGAUACGGACAGGGGAUAUAGGGAUUGUUGUCAAAAAUUUGAAGAACAUUGACCAUUUAUUUGAGUCCGUUAAGGGAUCUAAGAAUAACGGGAUAUUUGCACAUGAUGCCAAGACUAUCGUAAAUUUAAGUGAAUUGGCUCAAAUCAGUGUGAGAAAUUUGAAGAUUGGAGAGACAAGAUCAUUGAUUGGAGUGGAUGAAGUGUUGGCUUAUUCUAAAAGAUACAUGUUGAAAGAAUAUUUCAAAAUUAAUAAGAUAAAAGAGGAAAAACCAAAUAUUAAUGGUAUAUCUAAUGUAAUUCAGGAGGAAAAUGAGCAUGCUGAGGAGGCUCAUGAUGAGCUGGCUGAUGCUGCAGAUAAUAAGAGAUCAGAGAAUUUGAGACAAAACGAAGUUAAAAAAAUGUUCUUACAACAGUUUGAUAAUUAUAACGAAUUCGAUCAAUUCAAUUGGUUUAGAAUGGGGGCCCUAUUUGAUAACUUGAGUAAGAGUGCACCCACUGUGGAUCAUCUUUGUGGUCCCUUUUCUUUGGAAAAGAAAAUUAGAGCACCCAUUGUGAGAAGAAUUAAUACUGAUAAAGUUGGAGAAAAGACCACAGCUGAAAAAGUUACUAAGGAGACCCUGGAUUCCAAGGAACCCACAACACCUGAACAAGUGAAAAGAAUCUUUAAAAUAUUACUCAAGAAAAUUGGGAAAUCUAAUAAGAUAAAUCUUUUCAAAUUUAUAAUGAAUCCAAAUUCAUUUUGCAGAACUGUGGAGAAUCUAUUCUAUACAAGUUUCCUAAUAAAGGAGGGGAAAUUAGUUUUGGAGGAAGAUGAGGAAGAUGGAUUUCCUUGCAUUAAAAUAAAGAAGAACUCGACAUCCAAUGAUAAGAAUGCUGAUGAAAUUGAAAAACAAAAAAAUCGUGAUAAACCCCAAAACCAUAUAAUUUUCCAGAUUGAUAUACCAACAUGGCAAAAGCUGAUAAAGAAAUUUGAUAUAAAGGAGAGUUUUCUAGGCGAAUAA